CGUGAUAAGAAUAGAGAUAAACGUGAGAUUUUUUCGUUCACUAGACUUUAAAUUGUAAUUAAAAUGAAUAAUGACUUAUGAGUUUUGUAAAUAGUACAAGUUCAAUGUACAAAGUUCAAUAUACAUUUUAAUCAUACUUGUACUGCAUAAUCAAUUAUAUAAGAUUGCAGUCCGUUUAAUGCAAUUCUCGUAACAACGUUCUGAGGAAAACGGCGAUCGAAUAUAUAAGAAGAAAAAAAACGUAGCAAAUUUUAUCCGAUUGUACGUAUACGAAUUAGCGCAAUGUCUGUUAUCAAAAAUUUGAUAAAGGAUUUACCUAAGGGACCAUUAGAUGCUUAUAGAAAGCGGGCAACAUUUGACUGGAAAUCAUUCAAAUUAACUUUAGAGGGUGAGGAUGGUGUACGAUUUCAGAAAAAAUUAUGGAAACUUAUCAGAACUCAUCCAGCAUUUCAAAAGUCUUCAAUAGAGUUAACGAACUUGGAUGAACUUCGAAGACGCUGCAAUGCCCAAAUGGUAGCAUUUCACCAGAAUGACAUAGAGCCAAUAUAUGCUCUAGAAAAUUUUUUUUAUACUUUGCAAUAUAAUGGCUCUAUACCUAUAAAAUUAAGCAUCUUAUAUUCUAUGGUACCAAAUACUAUAUUAGCAUUAGGUACUGAACAACAUCAUCAUCUUGCAGGAGAAUUUAGCAGCGGAAAUUAUAUUGCCUGUUUUGCUUUAACUGAAUUUUCCCAUGGCUCUAAUGCAAAAGGCAUGCGAACCACAGCAACAUUUGAUAUAGCGACAAGAAGUUUUAUUCUUCAUACACCUGAUUUUGAAGCUGCAAAAUGUUGGGCAGGUGGUUUAGGAAAAUCUGCUACGCACGCUCUUAUAUUUGCCCAGUUAAUUACACCAGACGGAGUGAAUCAUGGUCUGCAUGUUUUUAUCGUACCAAUUCGUGAUCCAAAAACUCAUUUAUCUUUACCUGGUGUUACCAUUGGUGACAUGGGUGAAAAAAUAGCACUUAAUGGAAUAGACAAUGGAUUCAUAAUAUUCGACAAGUAUUCUAUAUCACAUACUUGUCUGUUAAAUCGUACAGCAGAUGUUACCAAGGAUGGAAAAUAUGUACUUGCAAUAAAAGAUGAACGAAAAAGAUAUGGCUCAUCAUUAGGUGCUCUAUCAUCAGGUCGUGUCAGUAUUACUGUGAUAUGUUCGCACUAUAUGACUCUCGCGCUAACGAUAGCCAUACGUUAUUGUGCAGUUAGAAAACAAUUCGGUCCUACAAACAAAGAUGAUGAGCUACCAGUUAUAGAAUAUCAAGCGCAACAAUGGCGAAUCUUUCCUCAUUUAGCUGCAACAUAUGCAGUAAAAAUAUUUUCUAACACAUUUUAUAAAGAAAUGAUAGAAUUAUUUUCGGGUCGUUUCAUGGAAAAUUCGAGCGCUGAUCUAGAAUAUAGAGGGAUAGAGAUACACGCGUUAUCUUCCGCAGUAAAACCAUUAUGUUCAUGGAUCGCUCGUGAUGCGAUUCAAGAUUGUAGAGAGUCUUGCGGUGGUCAUGGAUAUUUGAAGAUGUCGCGUUUGGGUGACAUAAGAGCUGAAAAUGAUGCAAACUGUACAUAUGAGGGUGAAAACAAUAUACUUAUCCAACAAGCAAGUAAUUGGUUGUUAAGCCAAUGGACUAACAUAAUUAAUAAACGAGCUGUACCAUCUCCGCUGGGUUCUGCGGAUUUCCUUGUUGAUGCAGAACAAAUAUUGAAUAUCAAAUUUGAUCAAACUACAGUCGAGGAUACAUUGAAACCUAAAAAUUUGCUCUUGGUUUUUAAGUGGUUGGUGUGUUAUUACUUAAAAAAGACAUAUCAACAUAUGAAUGAUCUCAAAUCAAAUGGAAUGUCUGAUUUUGACAUAAAAAACAAUUCCCAAGCAUUUUUAGCACGGACUUUAUCUCUUGUAUAUGGAGAGCACGCUAUAAUGAUGUAUUUUAUCAGAUGUUUACAAGAUCCAAAAUGGAAAGAAAAUGAACGAGAGGUACUGACAAAAUUGUGCUCUUUAUUCGGAACUGUAACCUUGGAAAAGAGAUUGGGAGAUUUGUAUGGUGGUGGCUAUGCUUCUUCUAGUAGUAACAUAGAUGAUUUUCUGCGAAAAGGAAUUAUAACAUUAUGUAGGGAUUUAUUAGACAAUGCGGUUGCGCUGGUUGACGUCUUAGCACCGCCGGAUUUUAUACUUAAUUCUCCUCUAGGAAUGUCUGAUGGCGAGGUAUACAAGCAUAUGAAAGAGUGGAUAUUUAGCAAUAAAGAGAACUUGGAACGUCCAUCAUGGUGGAAAGAGAUUCGAUCCAAGUUAUAAUAUAUAUAGUAUAAAUAUCGCGAUUAUAUAUAUAUAUGUGAGGUAUUUCAUAAUUAUUCCAAUUUCUUUCUAUGGGUUUUACAUGAAAAGUUUGAGACAUGAAACAUUUGAGAGAGAGAGAAUAAGAAUCCGAAAUAAACGUAUGAUAUAACGUGUUUUUAAUAUAACGGUAUCGUGUUUUUUACAGAGUUGCGCAUAUAUAUAUAUAUAUAUAUAUAUAUAUAUAUAUAUAUAUAUAUAUAUAUGUAUGCACAACUUUGUAAUGUCACGCACAUGUAUGUAUAUGUAGGAGUUUGUUAUAUAUUAUGAUAGUAUCUCAAUAUUAAAUUGUUAUACAUUAUAUUACUUUAGAUGAUGAAUACUUUAAUAUCAAUUGUUAUUAGACUAUAUGUAGAUUAUAAUUGAACUAUAUAUAUAUAUAUAUAUAUAUAUAUAUAUAUAUAUAUAUAUAUAUAUAUGUGUAUAUGGAAUUAAUUUUUGAUACAUAUAUAAAACUUUUAAAUUUUGUUAAAUUUUUACUAAAAUUGUUUACUAAUAUAUAUUUUAUUAUAUACAUAUUAUACUCAAAAUAAAAAUUUUAAUUAUUAA